CUGAGCCAUAAAGAGUAGUACGACCCAGCUGGAGGAGCUCGGACUCCACCGGUUCAUCCAGGCCGAGCGGCAAGCCCGCGGCGGCUGGUGACGCGCGCAUCCCCCUCCGCCUCUCCCCGGGUGGCGCUUGCUGGUGACGUCGUGGGUGUGAUGGCCGCCGCGAGGCCGGGAAGGUGAAGUCGGGACAGGUGGAGUCAACACAAUCAAUAGCCAACCUCGACUUGAGACAGCACAGAGGAGAACCCAAAUUCUUUUCGUUUUUUUGACUCCAGCCAUGUCCAUGAUGCCCACCCUGUGAAAGUCUCUUACCAUCCAAAAACUUCUCCUCUGUUCCAGUUGUGCCAGCAGACGAUCCGUGGAUCCAUUUUAUUUUCCCUGCUAGGAGUUGCUGUACAUAAAACUGGCGCAAUGUCCCUGCUUUUCUCUCGAUGCAACUCCAUCGUGACAGUCAAGAAGGAUAAGAGACAUAUGGCUGAGGUGAAUGCGUCCCCACUCAAGCACUUUGUCACUGCCAAGAAGAAGAUCAAUGGCAUCUUUGAGCAGCUCGGGGCCUACAUCCAGGAGAGCGCCACCUUCCUUGAAGACACCUACAGGAACGCAGAGCUGGACCCGGUUACAACAGAAGAGCAGGUUCUGGACGUCAAAGGCUAUCUAUCCAAAGUGAGGGGCAUCAGUGAGGUGCUGGCCCGGCGGCACAUGAAAGUGGCUUUUUUUGGCAGGACGAGUAAUGGGAAGAGCACCGUGAUCAACGCCAUGCUCUGGGACAAAGUUCUGCCCUCUGGGAUUGGUCAUACCACUAACUGCUUCCUGAGGGUGGAGGGCACAGAUGGCCACGAGGCCUUCCUGCUCACGGAGGGCUCAGAGGAGAAGAGGAGUGUCAAGACUGUGAACCAGCUGGCCCACGCCCUCCAUCAGGACGAGCAGCUGCAUGCUGGCAGCCUGGUGAGUGUGAUGUGGCCCAACUCCAAGUGCCCACUUCUGAAGGACGACCUCGUGCUCAUGGACAGCCCUGGGAUUGACGUCACCACAGAGCUGGACAGCUGGAUUGACAAAUUUUGCCUGGAUGCUGAUGUAUUUGUGUUGGUGGCCAACUCAGAGUCCACCCUGAUGCAGACGGAGAAGCAGUUCUUCCACAAAGUGAGCGAGCGUCUCUCCCGCCCCAACAUCUUCAUCCUGAAUAACCGCUGGGAUGCCUCUGCCUCGGAGCCCGAGUACAUGGAGGAGGUGCGGCGGCAGCACAUGGAGCGCUGCACUAGCUUCCUGGUGGACGAGCUGGGCGUGGUGGAUCGAGCCCAGGCCGGGGACCGCAUCUUCUUUGUGUCUGCCAAGGAGGUGCUCAACGCCAGGAUCCAGAAAGCCCAGGGCAUGCCAGAAGGAGGGGGCGCUCUUGCAGAAGGCUUUCAAGUGCGGAUGUUUGAGUUUCAGAAUUUUGAGAGGAGAUUUGAGGAGUGCAUCUCCCAGUCUGCAGUGAAGACCAAAUUUGAGCAGCACACAGUCCGGGCCAAGCAGAUUGCGGAGGCAGUUCGCUUCAUCAUGGACUCUCUGCACAUCGCGGCUCAGGAGCAGCGCGUUUACUGCCUGGAAAUGCGCGAGGAGCGACAAGACCGGCUGAGGUUCAUUGACAAGCAGCUGGAGCUCUUGGCCCAGGACUAUAAACUUCGCAUCAAGCAGAUUACCGAGGAGGUUGAAAGGCAGGUGUCGACUGCUAUGGCCGAGGAGAUCCGGCGCCUCUCUGUGCUGGUGGACGAGUACCAGAUGGAUUUCCACCCGUCUCCAGUGGUCCUCAAGGUCUACAAGAAUGAGCUGCAUCGCCACAUAGAGGAGGGGCUGGGCCGCAACAUGUCCGACCGCUGCUCCACGGCCAUCACUAGCGCCCUGCAGGCCAUGCAGCAGGACAUGAUAGAUGGCUUGAAGCCCCUCCUCCCUGUGUCUGUGCGGAGUCAGAUGGACAUGCUGGUCCCUCGCCAGUGCUUCUCCCUCAGCUACGACUUGAACUGCGACAAGCUGUGCGCUGACUUCCAGGAGGACAUCGAGUUCCAUUUUUCUCUCGGAUGGACCAUGCUGGUGAAUAGGUUCCUGGGCCCCAAGAACAGCCGUCGGGCCCUGAUGGGCUACAAUGACCAGGUGCAGCGUCCAGUCCCUCUGACACCUGCCAACCCCAGCAUGCCCCCCCUGCCACAGGGCUCGCUCACCCAGGAGGAACUCAUGGUCUCCAUGGUCACGGGCCUGGCCUCACUGACGUCCAGGACCUCCAUGGGCAUUCUCGUGGUUGGAGGAGUGGUGUGGAAGGCGGUGGGCUGGAGGCUGAUCGCCCUCUCCUUCGGGCUGUACGGCCUCCUCUACGUCUACGAGCGCCUGACGUGGACCACCAAGGCCAAGGAGCGUGCCUUCAAGCGCCAGUUUGUCGAGUACGCCAGUGAGAAGCUGCAGCUCAUCAUCAGCUACACAGGUUCCAACUGUAGCCACCAAGUCCAGCAGGAACUGUCUGGGACCUUUGCUCAUUUGUGCCAGCAAGUGGAUAUCACCCGGGAGAACCUGGAGCAGGAAAUCGCUGCCAUGAACAAGAAAAUCGAGGUUCUCGACUCACUUCAGAGCAAAGCAAAAUUGCUGAGGAAUAAAGCGGGCUGGUUGGACAGCGAACUCAACAUGUUCACGCACCAGUACCUGCAGCCCAGCAGAUAGUGGGCGGCUGGAGCAGGGCCCUCGUGGGGAAGGUGCUCUCACCACCCUCGGCACCCGGCGGUCCCCAGGCACGUCGGCUCCGGUCCCUGGCCACCUGAGAGAAUGAAAGUGUCCACUGUCUCGUACCGUUUUGAGCCCUUCAGCACUAGUUAUGUCCCCUCCCUGACCUGCCGUCGCAGGAAGGUCCCCUGGCUCCUAACCCUACCGGAGAUUUCAGUGACGACCAGACCACAUGGUAGGGAGUCACGCGGGCCUUCGCUGCUUCAUCAGGUUCACUCGAUGAAAUCAUUGCUUGAUGAGGUCUCGGAUGUCAGUCCUGCAGAAUGACUGAAGCCUUCAGGGGUAUCAGGCAAACACCCCACCUUCCUCCAGCACACGCACCCUGCCCUCCUCGCACCAUCGCGUACCUGCAAAGAGGCCGCAUUGGGAGUGGCCGGGUUUCCUUCCCAGAAGCAUUGGAAAUGCUCUGGGAGGGCCAGGUGUCCCAGAAGGACUUGGGGCUUGUGUCACCUGGUCAUUCAGCUUCCGUGCUCCACCUGCUUGCAGAACCUUUCAGAUGUGUGGUGGUGGCCGGGCUUGGCAGCCUUGGGACAGUGCUGCAGAGCCAGUGGGGGAGUGGGAGGAGCUGAAGAGAGGGUGUGUGGAGGGGUCUGAAGCUGGAGAUGCUGACAGAGCAGGCGGCCGUCACCGUGGGGAGGAGGGCUUGCCUCGCCUCUUGCCAUGGUGUUCCUUGCUCUGGUUUUGGUCCUUGGCCUGCACAGUUUUAUUUAUUACUGGUGGGAGCUGGUUUGGUCAGGUGGUUAAAGGAAGAUGGGAAGUGGGGCCUUGGUGGCAACUGAGAAGAAAAGGCCCUGCGCGGAGGCUGGGGAAUGUAGUUGGUGCGGAACAGGGGCCUCCCUUGACUUUGCUCUGAGAGGCUUCUGAGCCUGAGAGUCCCACCCCACUAGCUUGGUUGCAUCCCCGCCUUGCCCCAAGCCACCCUCUGGCCGUUUUUUCUGUGCCUGCAACUCUGCAAUUGACCACAAGACGGCGUGGGAGACCCAGCACCCGUCCUCCACUCUCCCGACCCCUGGAGCUUCCCUGACACACUGGCCUCACACUUUGAGAAGUGUUUCCUGCUCUUGAGUUUGGGGAUUAUUACUGGUCAGAGUGGGGAAGGUUCCUGUCACCAAGGUGUUAAUGCAAGAGCAGGUCAGAGAGCACCCCAAACAAACCAGCAAGGGCGAAGCCCAGGGCAGGGGCUCCGCAAGGGAAGCCUUGUCCUGCUGGUCCAUCCAGCCAUUGCCCAUCUGGAGAAAGGAGCUGGUGGGUGACCACACUGGUGACAUCCUCUCCAUGUGCUUGCUUGUCCUUCAGUCCCUUGGUCACUUUGAGGGACAAAAUGAACUCAGGCCAAUGUCAGCAGCAGGGACAGCGUUCUGAGUGUUUUGCCAGACCUGGACCCACAGGGUCAGGGAGGGAGUCAGGAAGAAUCAGUGUCACACAAGCCCAAUGAAUUUUGUGUUCUUUUUUGAAGGAAAAAAAACUUAGAAAAAACUUUUUUUCAGUGUAGCCCCUGGGGGAUAAAUGAAAUUUUGAGCCUAUACAAAAAGUAAAAUCAACUUCACACCACCGAGGGGGUCGUUUCUGAAGGAAGUGUGGCAGAUGCACUUUAACUCAAUGCUGCUAACUUGUUCUGCUCUGUGUUCCUUUGUUGGAGCGCAAGGUGAGCCCAACACAGCGGUUCUCUGAUGUAUUUAAGGUGAUGUAUUUGCCUGAAUCACUCCUGUAUCAUUGCUGAUAAUAUUGGAAACUAAAAUAAAACCCAGCUGGAAGCCUG